GUCGCCGAAAGGACGGCAGGGGCAAUGGUCGACACCUUCUUGCAUGACCGAUUCACUGUAGAAGGGGAAAUCGCAGAUGCUGUGGCCGCCGCCUGACACCGUUGGUCCGCCAGGCAGACCAUUACGGAUCCCGGACUUCCCGCCGCUGACUCGCCGACAUCCAACAUCUCACAAGCAAUCUCUGAAGUCUCUGCCGGCUCAGGGUACAAAUGAAAGACCUCUCCACGACCAUAUGACCUCUGCACAGUAUUGGAACUUUCCCGUCGGCCAAGCUCCUCCUUGGAGCAACCCCAGCUUGGACCCUUCCGACAGUAUCUUCCCAAAUUACACUGCCGGCACAUCAGAGAGCCAGUAUGGUCAUGAGAUAUCAGACGCACGAAAAAUCUCGGAUGUGGCUCCGAAUCUGUUUGGACAAGCGCAGAAGGGAGUUUCCGUUGCAGAUUCGUCCCUGCGUUUCCACACAGGCAUAGACGAACAACGAAGAGAGGCAAGCAAUCAGCAGGCUCGGAACACCUCAGACGAGCAGCAAGUUCCAGAGGAGGACUCGAAUUUGUUUGGACUAGCGUAGGACGGAAGUUCAGGCCUCGAUUUGGUUAUGGGUUUCGACUCAGGCGCUGAGGAACAUCAGGGCGAAGCGAGCAACCGACAGAUUCCAGCUGCACCAUUCACGGACCCGGAAUGGGAGGAAUUCAUGAACACAGAUUUUGGUCUAGCAGGGCAAGAUGGGUCUUUGAAGGCAGAUU